UCAAGCUACAUUACACUCACUGGAAGUCCAAAAAAAUAUCGCAGCGUUGAGGAGCUAUUGCGACUCCGAUCAAAAAAACCAUGUGUUUCUUUAUUUUUGUCGGUCAGUGUAGGUCCAUCUCUUUGAUGUUACCUCAAGAUUCAUGCUCGUAAAAAAUCUCCCACCCACAGUAUGCUGAGGCUGAUCUCUUUCUUGCUCUUCUUCGCCUACGUGCAAGCCUUGGACUGGACUGCGACGCCCUUCAAUCCGCCGUCUGUUCCUCUUGCUGUGAGAACACCGUACCUCUCGGCCUGGCUUCCUCAAGGAUCUGGUGCCGCUCUCAACGAUGUUUGGCCAACGUUCUGGACGGGUUCUAUCCUUGGCUGGGCCGGCUUUGUCAAAGUUGAUGGAACCGCGUAUAGUUUCCUUGGAAGUGCCAACGUUCCGGGCGCGACCUUUCAAAAAGCUACUCAAACGAGAUUCAGUUUCACAUCUACCCAAAGCAUUUUUGUCCUGUCGGCCGGAUCCGUGGAACUUACUGUAUCGUUCUUAAGCCCGGUGGAUGCGACAGAUCUUGUAAAACAAUCGAUCCCAUUCGCAUACAUGACUGUUUCUGCCUCUUCGACGGAUGGAGCUGAACACUCUGUUCAGGUGUAUACUGAUAUAAGCGCUGAAUGGGUUUCAGGAGACACGUCGCUCACAGCUAACUGGACUACUUCUACUGGGAGCGUCAUCACUCACCAGGUUCAGCUGACAGAUCCAUCAGUAUUCUCAGAGGUCAGCGAUCAUACACAGUAUGGAUCAGCUUUUUACUCCACCAUCAGCACUGAUCAUACGACAUAUCAAACGGGAACUGAUGUCACAGUUCGUGCACAGUUCAUCAGCAAUGGUGUUCUGCCCAACACCCAGGACACAAAUUUCCGUGCAGUCAGCAACAAUUGGCCUGUUUUUGCCCUGGCUAGCGACCUUGGUUCUGUUUCCAGUUCAACGGAUCCACUGGUCUUCGCCGUCGGCCAUAUUCGUGAUCCUGCGAUUAGUUAUAUUGUCGCAAAUAACGUGUAUCAGGACAGAAACCUGUAUUUCUGGAGCCAGUAUUCAGACUCUGCUAGCCUAAUCGAAACGUUCCUUCAAGGCUACCAAGAGGCCCUUUCUCAAGCAGGCGAUUUUGAUUCCCAGGUUGAAAGUGAUGCUUCUGAAAUCUCGGAAGACUACGCAGGAAUCGUUGCAUUGUCUAUCCGACAGGCUAUGGGCUCAAUGGAAGUAACCAUUUCCAAGAACGCGGAUGGAUCAUGGAAUACGGACGAUGUUUUAGUCUUCAUGAAGGAAAUCUCCAGUGACGGAAACGUCAACACAGUCGAUGUCAUAUUCCCAGCGUGGCCCGUAUGGCUAUACGCAAACCCGGCUCUUGGAAAGCACUUGUUGGAAGUGCUGUUCCGUUACCAGGCCACGGGUCAAUAUCCCAAUGCUUGGAGUGUUCAUGACAUCGGUUCGUCUUAUCCAAAAGCAUACGGGCAUAAUGAUGGCCGAGACGAAGCUAUGCCUGUGGAAGAGAGUGGAAACAUGCUCAUCAUGUCUCUGAGCUACGCACAACGAACGGGGGAUAAUUCCCAUCUCACUACAUACUCUGAUCUACUCGAUCAAUGGACCCAAUUCUUGAUCACGGACUCACUCAUUCCCGCCAAUCAGAUCAGCACCGACGACUUUGCAGGAUCUCUCGCGAAUCAAACCAACUUGGCUAUCAAAGGUAUCAUUGGAAUUAGGGCUAUGGCUGAAAUCGCGUCCAUAUUGGGUGACACAGCUAAAAGCGACAACUACACUUCAAUUGCGGAAAGCUACGUAACACAAUGGCAAACACUGGCGGCUUCUGACAACGGUGAACACUUGACUUUAUCUUACGGCAAUUCUUCAAGCUGGGGCUUGUCAUAUAACCUGUACGCCGACAGACUACUCGGAUUGAACCUGUUCCCGACAUCGGUAUAUGAAACGCAAACCGCCUGGUACAAAACCGUGACAGAACCUUUCGGAGUGCCACUAGACACAAGGCAUACCUACACCAAGUCAGAUUGGGAGAUCUGGACGAGCGCUUUUAUGACAAACAAUGAAACACGCGACAUAUUUAUCUCGGCGGUAAAGAGCUGGGCGUCGGACGGACGAAGUUCUCAGCCGCUCGGAGACUGGUAUGAAACACUCAACGGUAACCCUGAAGGGUUCAGAGCAAGACCUGUCGUUGGGGGACAUCGUAACUGGUGCUUUAAAGCCUCGCGAUGGCUCAUAUACCAUGUUUGACGUAACAUUCAAACAUUCAAACUAGUGGAAAAUAAG